CAAAUCCAGAGAUUCGGGCCCAGAGAUUUCGGAAUAUCUCUUCACACUUCCGUGUUCUGGAUCGCUGUAUGCACAUAUCUUGACAGCCAAUUAAAUGCAAUGAACGCUGUCGCUGAGCAAAAAGGUCCCCUCAUCGGCAUCCGCCACCUGCAGGCUGUGCUCCUUUUUCUGGCAAUCGUCGCCAAUUACAUAGCGCGUCUGAACGUCAGUGUGGCCGUGGUGGCCAUGACGGAUGCCGCCACCACCAAUACCGAUUUUCCGGAGUACGACUGGACGGGGGCGCAGAAAUCGUAUGUGCUGUCUAGCUUCUACUGGGGCUAUAUUAUCACCCAGUUUCCGGCCGGAUUUCUGGUCAGACGCUUCGGGGCGAAGAGCGUGCUCUUCAUUCCCACCUUCGCGACAGCAAUCUUGAGUGCCCUGACGCCCUACUGCAUCAGCUGGGGCGGCUGGAAGGCGUUCAGCGUGAUCCGGGUGGUAGAGGGUCUGUUCCAGGGCCUGAUCUUUCCCUGCAUCCACGAGCACCUGGCCAAGUGGUCGCCGCCAGAAGACCGCAACCGACUGGGCGUGUUUGCCUACUCGGGAGCCGACUGCGGCUCGGUGUUGGCCAUGGCCAGCAGUGGGCUGAUUGCCAACAGCUCCAUGGGCUGGCCGGGCAUCUUUUACGUUUCCGCCGGGAUCUGCGGAGUGUGGUGCCUGCUCUGGCUGAUCCUCGGCUCGAACAACGCUCCCAGCUCGCAUCUUAUUGGGUCCAGGGAGCGGGACUACAUUGAGCGCUCGAUGAGGCGGCAGGACGGCUUCCACGCCCAGAAGAUUCCCAUACCGUGGCGCGCCAUCUGGACCUCGGUGCCGUUCUAUGCCCUGCUGAUCGUGCGCAGUGCCCAGGGCUGGGCCAACUCCACGAUGCAGCUGCAGACGCCGUCGUACAUGCACGGCGUCCUGGAGAUGGACAUCAAGAGCAACGCCCUCUACUCGGCCCUGCCCUUCCUGGCCAUGUGGUGCAUGUCGUACGUGUAUCUGGUGUUUGCCGACGUCGCCAUGUCCCGCCAGUGGAUGUCACUCACCACGCUACGCAAGUCCAUUAACACGGUGUCGUACUGGGGCCCGGCAGCGGCUCUCAUUGGCAUCGGUUUCCUGGACAAGAGCCAGACGAGUCUGGCCAUCACUCUGAUGACCAUCAAUGCGGGCCUGAACGCCGGCUCCGGCAUCGGCAGCAUUCUGACCAUCAUCGACAUGUCGCCCAAUCACUCCGGCAUGCUGAUGGCCAUUGUUAACGGCAUUGGCAACAUAUUUCCGCUGCUCACCCCCCUGCUCGUGGGCGUGAUUGUCACCGAUAUGGGCUCGCGCAGUCAGUGGCAAAUUGUGUUCGCCAUGACCGCCGUUGUGUUCUUCUUCGGCAACCUGGUGUACAUCAUUUGGGGCACCACCGACCAGCAGGCCUGGGAUGCCGAGGACUACCUGCAGCCGAGCGACUCAGAGUGCAUACGAAAUGGCCAUCAACUGGAGCAGAAGCCUGCCAUGGAUGGGGGCACAAAGACAGCAUGAUUAGCUGGCACUGGGUAGGGACUGUCGGGGCCCAACCGCCGCACGGGGCGUAUGUGCAAUGUAUAUGGAAUGUCCAGCGAAAAGUUGAUUUUCCAUCGUUGAUUAAACGCAUUUUGGGAAUUUUCUAGUUUCCAGUUUCCAGUUUCGAGCUUCCAUUUUCCAUUCUAUUUUAAUUAAAAAUUCU